AUGAAGAAAUAUUCUUAUUGUUCAUCAAUGAUUUCUUCAUAUUCUUCAAAUCCUACUGAAAUAAGUAUAAGUCAUAAUUUUACAAUUGUAAAUAAAACAAAUAAUUUUUGUAAAGCAAAUCAAUUAUGUUCGGAUUAUGGGAAAACAAUCAAUCGAAUUUCUAAUCUUAUUGGACAAAAUUUUAUGUUUGCUAUAAGAUAUUCCCCAAAUCAUUCAUUUUGGAUUAACAUGAAUCAAAUGAAUAUUUCACAAAUAGAGAAUUGGAUAGAUGAACAUUCUAAAUCAUAUUUUAUGAAUGAAUCCGAAUCAAAUUUCCCUUCUUAUAAAAAUCAAACUAUGUAUGAUGGUAAAUAUACUGCAUAUUAUAAUCAUUUAGAUCAUAAAUUACAAACUACUUUAUUAAAUAGAACUGAUGAAAUUGAUGUAAUUUGUGAAAUAGAAAAAAAUACAAAUCAUGAUCAAAAUCAUUUUAUUCAACUAAAACAAUUUCAAAAGUGUUUGAAUGUAAAUACUGAAGUGUUAUUUUCACCAAAUAAAGAUUUUGAUGGCUGUUAUUCACAAAAUAUUGUGUCAAGUUUACAAUAUUGUGCUUACAGUUGUGCAACGGAUGAAUACUGUACACGUUUCUAUUAUAAUAAUUUAACAAAGGAUUGCAUUAUUACACAAUAUAUCGUAUCUCUAAUUCCAACUUAUGCAAAUAGAACAAACGGAUGGGAUUGUUAUUCAUUGAAUGUUAAUAAAUAA